AUGGGAAUAACACAAGGAUCUGCGUUCUUCGUCUUCUGCUCGGAGUACCGGCCGACGGUGAAGAGCGAGACCCCAGGUCUGUCCAUCGGUGAGACCGCCAAGAAGCUGGGAGAGAUGUGGUCGAAGCAGAGCAUCGCAGACCGCGUGCCGUUCGAGCAGAAAGCCCUCAAACUGCGUGAGAAAUACGAGAAGGAGGUGACGGCGUACCGCGCAGGGGGCGGAGCCUCUAAGAAGGGGCCGGGCAGACCGACGGGCUCGACUAAAAAAGCCCAGGCUGACGAUGAUGAUGACGACGACGAUGAUGAUGAAGAGGAGGACGAGGAAGAUGAGGAGGAGGAGGAUGAUGAUGAUGAGUAGAGUGUGUUUGUGUGUGAUGCAGCUUCACUGAUGUGAGACGGGCGAAGGGUUUUCUUCAGUUUUCUUUAUGGACAUGUUUAACGACUCCAGCAAUAACGCAAGUGUUCUGUUCUGUUGUUUGUUUGGGUAUUUUUUUUUUUUUUUUAGAUUUCUUCUUAUUUUUGUACACGUUUAGCUGUUGCUUCAAUAAAGUGUAGAGGUGCUUUUUUUAUAAUAAAUUUUUAAAAGUUCA